AUGCCUGGCUUCCUAUCAAACCUGGUUCAGUACCAGGGGCUCUUUCAAAUGAUCACUGUCCUGGGGAUUGGUGGCACAUUCCAAAUCGGGUUUCAAAUUUCUACCAUCACCUACAUGUCUCAGCAUGUUAAGGCUUUCAUUAAUGAAACUUGGCUGGAGCGCUAUGGCUAUCCCAUCCAACAGGAUAACCUCCUGCUCCUGUGGUCUUUCACUGUGUCCAUCUUCGGCAUAGGAGGUCUCUUGGGUUCUUCAGGGAGCAGAUACCUCACUGUCAAAUUUGGCAAAAAGAAAUGCCUCUUGUGCAACAACGUGCUGAUGAUAGUGGCAGCAUCUAUCAUGGGUUGUAGUAAAAUAUCCCAGUCCUUUGAGAUGAUUCUAAUUGGACGCUUCAUGUGUGGAGUAAGUGCAGGUCUUUGUGUUCCUCUACAUCACCAAUACGUUGGAGAAAUUUCCCCUAGGAAGCUCCGUGGAUUUGCAAACUCUACUUCCUCUUUCUUUUGGUCGUUUGGAAAAGCCAUAGGGCAAAUUUCAGGACAAAGGGAGCUGCUGGGCAGCCAGUCGCUGUGGCCCGUGCUGAUGGCUUCUUGUGGACUCCCAGCACUGGUCCAGCUGGUCACACUUCCCUUCUUCCCAGAGUCCCCACCCUAUCUCCUCAUGCAGAAAGGAGACCAGGAAGGCUGCAAAAAAGCCAUAAGGCAGCUUUGGGGUGAAGGCCAACACCAAGCAGAGAUUGAUGACAUCAUGAAAGAGAAAGCAACAAUGAAAAACACCAAGAUCUUGAGUGUCCUGGAACUAGUGAAAGAACCAGCUUUCCGUUGGCAGCUGUACAUGAUAGUUACUCUGACCGCCACAAUUCAGCUAUGUGGCAUCAAUGCAAUUUAUUUUUAUACUUUUGAAGUCCUCCAGGCAGCUGGCUUUGAUGAAAAAAUGGUCUCCUACAUGACCCUCUCUAUUGGACUCUCUGAACUCGUAGCUGCUGUAGUCUGUAGCUCCAUCAUUGAGAGGCUGGGCAGGAAAGUGCUCCUAAGAGGAGGCUACUGGAUCAUGGGUUCACUGCUAGCUGCUAUCACCGUGACUCUGUCCCUGCAGGACUGGUACUUCUGGAUGCCAUACUGCAGCCUGGCUCUCAUUAUCCUGUUUACAGUUGUCUUUGCUGUUGGGCCAAGUGGUGCAGCAGUUUCCACCAGGGUUGAAAUUUUCAAGCUGUCCUGCAGACCCCCUGCCUUUGUGAUCAGUGCUGUUCUGACCUGGCUGGGGGUGUUUGUGAUCGGCACCACCUUCCCCUUCAUCGUGGAAAGACUCAAGCACUUCUGCUUCCUCAUCUUUAUGGUGGUACUUUUCGCUUCAGGGAUGAUUAUCCACCUCUUCCUUCCAGAAACAAAAGGGAAAUCAAUCAUGGAAAUCACAGAAGAAUUCAAUAAGUUAAACUUUAAAAACAAGCAUAUUCCAGCAACUCCAAAACAUGUCACAGAGGAUUAUACCUUCUGCACCAGGCUUUGACUGACCAUAAGGGGGAAUCAGGUUUUUGUAAAAAAGUAGGGGGGAAAAGGCAUUUGCCAUUUUCUGACUAACAAGUUGCUCAAAUGGACUGUCAGCUUUCCUAUCUGUCACUUACAAGGUUCUCAUUUUGCCAAACCAGCUUCUUUCUCAAGCACUCCACUCUGGGCAGCUCUGAAAAGCGAUAAGGGCUGAUAUAAACAGGAUAGACUUGUGUGGAUUAUGAGCAUUUUGUCUUAACGUGCUGAUGUGUAAAUCUCUUCUUAACAGAGCAACUAAUACACACUGAAGCAACACAUGUAUAAUUUAUAAACACUCUGCUGACCACAGAGAAAGAAAAGACCUGUGAUCCUCUCUCUCUAUGAUUUCUGAGUAUGUUUUUACAACUCUGAAAUGGGUACAGUGAAGUUCUUGGCUUGCUAUCUCUGGCUAGUGUUCAAUCCAUAACAGAUUAAAGAAAAAACUUAGUGGAAUAGGAGAUAAAUUCUUUGUUUCUCUAGAUUCAGCUGAAUAUCCAACCCUUGCCAGGUUCCCAUGCACAGUGCCAUGUUGUCCUUGUACAGUGUCUGGUUUGACAGACUUCAACCAUUUCAGAUUGCUUUUCAGCAGCAAUAGAGCUAAAAGAACUGAGGGAGAGAGUCCAGUCACCAUAAACCCCCAGCACCCAAUGUCAUUUUAGACCCUCUGUAACCUCUUGCCCGUCACUGCUGUCAUCUAAGUCUGCAGCUCUUCCUCCAGGAGCAGAAUUCCCACCAAUAUCUCAAGGGCUGUGAAUCCCACAGCAACUGAACUGCUGUUUUCUUCCUGUGACUUUUGGCUACCUGGAACCUGUUUACUCCAGAAGAACUGCCUCAGACUGGAAUGGAUUGAAUCAGAAGCUUUUUUUUUUAAUAUACAGACCCAUGGGACUUUUCUUUGGAAGAUGUUUACCAUUCUGUAUGUUUCCCUCUAUUAAUGAGAGGCUCACAUUUUUGUAGAAGGAAAGAAAUUAUAUGAGGAAGAACAUGAACAAAGCUAAAGCUUGCUGUGAAGCACACUAUACAUUUAAAUCCAAAUUCUAGACUUGCACAGUAAAAUAAGUGUCUUUACUUCUGCUGUUGCUUUGACUGGCAUAUUUACUUCAACUCAAAUAAGGUUAUUCAAAUUAAGAAUUCAAUUGUUCAUCUUAACUGCUGCUUAUU